AUGGUCCCAGUGCCUGCUACAACUGCAGAUGAACCUGAAAUUAAGUUAUUUGGAAAAUGGACAUCCGAUGAUGUUCAAGUUAGUGACAUCAGUUUAACUGAUUACAUUGCCGUAAAAGAGAAAUUUGCCAAGUACAUGCCUCAUUCAGCUGGUAGAUGGCAACUUCGACGAUUCCGUAAAGCUCAGUGCCCCAUUGUAGAAAGAACAGUCUGUUCCCUCAUGAUGCACGGCCGAAACAACGGAAAGAAAUUGAUGGCUGUCAGAAUUUUAAAACACACUUUAGAAAUCAUCCACUUACUGACUGGAGAGAAUCCUCUCCAAGUGUUAGUCAAUGCUAUAAUCAACAGUGGACCCCGAGAAGAUUCCACACGUAUUGGACGUGCUGGUACAGUCAGACGACAGGCUGUAGACGUGUCACCAUUAAGACGUGUUGAUCAGGCUAUAUGGUUACUAUGUACCGGAGCCAGAGAGGCUUCAUUCAGAAAUAUCAAGUCUAUUGCUGAAUGUCUAGCUGAUGAGUUGAUCAAUGCUGCCAAGGGUUCAUCCAAUUCAUAUGCCAUUAAAAAGAAGGAUGAAUUAGAGAGAGUGGCUAAAUCUAACCGAUAA